UCGUGGCAAGAGAACAUUGUGGACUCCGUGCGCAGAGUUGAGUGUGGACCGUGAGAUCGUUCUGAGGAGUGUGUUUUGUGGACUAAGCGCGCGGUGCAUCUGGACGUGGGUUCUGCAGUGAUGUGCAUUGGCAAAAGUUAGAGGAAAUCGAUUCAAUUCGAGCGGCGUCUGGGGCACGGGCGAGCCUUUAGAAAUCACCACCACCAGUACAACAGAAUGCCAUCCGCAAAUAAGGAUAAAAUCUUUGGCGCAUGGAAUCGUAGUGAUAGCUCCGGGAACGUGUACCUUUCCAACAACAACAGUGCCGAGAGUUUGGCGAAAAUGUUUUCCCGCACGGCUCCCUCGAGUCCACGGUGGACACCGUACGGAUCGCGCCACAACUCACCACCGAUGCCGAGCUCUCCGCUAUCGUCCUCACCCCCAUCGACCCUGCGGCGAAACUACUCCAGCACCUUCACGCUCAUUCCGGAAGAUCGGGCCAUCGAUACGGUUUCACCGACAAUUCCCAUCAGACACUCGGCGGCGGCGGCGGCGGCUGCGGCGUCGGCCACCUCCGGAUCAAGGGGCAACAGCAACCACCAUCAGCGAGGUGUGUCCAAUGGACGGAUUCUGCUGCGACUGGUACUGUGGUGGCCACUGCUGCUGAUAACCAUUGCUCAGCGCCUGCUGGGUUUUUGCAUGCAGCUCGCCUGGAAACCGUUCCUGAUGGCCACGCCAGCCUUCUGGCUAUCGGCGUGCCUUUGGAUGUUCUGGAAGCUCGUAACAUGGCCACUGGCCGGUCUAAAGUGGGUCCUGGUAUCACUGCACACACCGGCCAACGAGCGAAACCGCAGGAAACGUACCAUUCUGCUCAGCUGCGGUAGCACCAUCCAGACGCUCCACUUGGCACGCAACUUCUACAAAUCCGGUGCCCGGGUGGUAGUGUUCGAGUUCGAGGGACUGUUUGCGCUGGCCCGCUUCUCGACCGCGGUCAGCAAGUUCUAUACCAUCCAGCGGCCAACACCGGAAGCGGCCAACGAAUACAUUGCCGCACUGUGUGAGAUCGUCGAGAAGGAACAACCGACUCACUACAUUCCGGUCUGUGCCACCAGCCCGGCACACUACGAUGCGCUGGCAAAACCGCACCUGGAGUUGCGCGGUUGCUCCAGCUUCAUACCGGGAGCACAGGAGACGUCCGUGCUGGAUGACAUUCUGCAGGUGAUGCGCAAGUGCGACGCGAAUGAAAUCCCCCUGCCACCGCAUCAGAUCGUGGCGUCCAAGGAAGAACUGAACCGACUGUACGACAGUGGUUGGUUGUCCGGAUUUCGGAACGUUAUGAUUGCGUCCGGAAUGCUGGGCCUGAUGGAGCGUAGCAAGUACGUGCUGCCAGCGAACCGGCGUGACCUGAAGCUUGGCUACGAGGUGAGCGAAGCACAGAAGUGGGUCGUGAUAAGGGACGUGGUCGGUUCACACUACGUCACCUGUACUACGGUGAAGGAUUCGACCGUGAUUGCCAACGUGACCUGCGCCAUUCAGAACGACACGCGCAGUCUCGUCCCGGAGGAGAACGCUGCCAUCGAGCAGUGGCUCGGCGAGUUCUUCCGCCGCAUCCGGCUUCAGCGACCGAUCAACGGGCACAUAAGCUUCCGGCUGGUGAAGUGUCAGUGCAGUGGCCAGAUUUUACCCCUCGGUAUACGGGUUGGUGUGUCGCUACCGUACAUCUGCUACACCGGUGUCCAUUCGCGGGUACUCUGCAAACCCUGCCCUCACUUUAGCCGCCAGAACUCGGGCCCGUUGGUGCAGAAGGGGGGGAGCUACUGGAUCCACGAAACGGUGAUGAACGCGCUGCGGCAACCGAGUGUCGAUGCCGUACAGCAGCUCAUCGGGACCGUCAUCGAUCAGCGGGAAGCUCUCUUCGUCUACUGGGAUCCGCUACCGUACUGUGCCUACUAUCACUUUCAGUUGCCCUUCAAUUGCAUCAAACGCUUCCUCCACAAACGGCAAACUUCGAGAACGCCCGUACCCGCCGCCGCUGCUAUGGCCGCCCCGGUCCAGUGAGACAUGAUCAUGAGUGUGGGCGUGCAUUGGCGCCCAGGUGUGCGGGUGUAUCGGUGUAUGAGUUGCGAGUGUACGUGUGAUUGAAAGGGUAACGGUGUGAGGGGCCUCAUGCCGGGAUAGGCUACUUGGAUUGGAGUUUUGGACUCGCCGUUGCAUCGAAGUGAGCAUCGAUCGAUCACGGUGUGAUGGGCACGUGGACUGCCAUACUGUUGCCAGCGGGUAGUAGGCUGAGACCGAUUGAUCACGCCCCGGGCAGCAGUGGGAUCAAGUGAAAAUAAACAAUCGAUAUCGAUGCAGGGCAUCGCUAAGCGAACCGGAACCUCUGCUGCCGUCGACGUGCACUGCGCCAGCACACACAUGGCGCACACGGAUGCAUACACAUGGCAAGGGUGGUGAUGAAAUGCGGCGGCAGAGGGAUGAACUACAGUGCUCAUCAUGGAGAGAGAAUUAAUAGACUUUGAUCCCAAAACGGCAUAGGGCAGGGAGCGCUGGUGGCUCGGAGGAAAUCGGUCGUUCAACGAUAAUGCACACGAGCAACCGGGCCCCUACAGGCGAAGAUUAGGGCCCAAUCUUGGCCAAAGAAUAGUACUGUUGUGCGAUGAAUCUAGGGUUAGGUAAAAGCUGGAUCGAUUAGUGCGAUAUCAGGCGAUUUAUCUAUCGAUGACUUUCACGAGAAAACGGAAGAAAUGUAGAAUAGUAGUUUGACGACAGUUUCCCAUUCGAUCCCAUUGCCUAGCAAUGGUAACCGAAUGAAGGGCGAGAAACUAUGGCAACCGCGGUCUUCUGCGGUCUCUGCGAAAAUCACAUUUCACUUGAUUCCACCUUUCUGGACACGGUGCAGAAUGGUGCAAUCGUCUACGUAAAGUAAGAAGCAAUGAGUUUACAUGUACAAAUCGCAACGGUUGAAAACAACCAAUAUCACUGAGUGAUAAGAGUAAAGAGCAGUCAUGCGAGAG